AAAAAUGCCUUUUUAAAUGGUGAGCUUCAUGAAGAAGUCUAUAUGGUCCCUCCACAAGGAGUUUCUCAUGAUCCAGGGGAAGUAUGUAAGUUAAAAAAGGCUCUAUAUGGUCUUAAACAAGCUCCUCGAGCUUGGUUUGAGAAAUUCUCUACUGUGAUCACUUCUCUUGGUUUUCGCUCUAGUGAACAUGAUUCUGCAUUGUUUAUAAGGUCCACCACUCAUGGUCGCAUUAUACUUUCUCUAUAUGUUGAUGAUAUGAUUAUUACAGGUGAUGAUGUUAGUGGAAUUAAUGAGUUGAAAUUGCAGUUAGCCAAACAGUUUGAGAUGAAGGACUUGGGAACUCUUCGCUAUUUCUUGGGGAUUGAAGUUGCCUACUCUCCUAGAGGCUACCUUCUUUCUCAAUCCAAGUACAUUGCCAACAUUCUUGAUCAGGCUCGUCUUUCUGAUACUAGAGCAGCAGAUACUCCUCUUGAGUUGAAUGUAAAAUAUGCUCCCUCGGAUGGUGUUCCUUUACCAGAUUCCACUUUGUAUCGUACUUUGGUUGGCAGCUUAGUGUAUCUUACGAUUACCAGACCUGACAUUGCUUAUGCUGUUCAUGUUGUUAGUCAGUUUGUUGUCUCCCCCACUACAGUACAUUGGGCAGCAGUUCUUCGGAUUCUUCGUUAUCUUCGAGGAACUCAAUUUCAAAGUCUUCUCUUUCCAUCGUCAUCCUCAUUGAAGUUACGAGCUUAUUCUGAUGCUGAUUGGGCUGGUGAUACCACUGAUCGUAAAUCCACCACAGGGUUUUGUAUCUUUCUUGGAGACUCUCUUAUUUCUUGGAAGAGUAAGAAACAAGACAUUGUCUCUCGCUCUUCUACAGAAGCUGAAUAUCGUGCUAUGGCAUCCACUACCGCUGAAAUAAUUUGGUUGCGUUGGCUUUUGUCUGAUAUGGGUAUCUCUCUUGCUGAGCCAACUCCGAUGCACUGUGAUAACAAGAGUGCUAUUCAAAUUGCUCACAACUCGGUCUUUCAUGAACGCACCAAACACAUU